AUCGUCUUCUUCAAUUGUGAGUUUCAGUAACUUUCCAUUUCAAGCUUCAACGGAACCAUCACCACGAUCAACAACCGUUGAUUCUCCGAUGGCAUGCAUUUCAAAACCAUUCAAUAGCACCAUCUUCCACUCACAUUCAUCCUCUCAAUUUCCACGCCAUCUCCAUUCUAACUCAUUCACAAUCCGUUGCACAAGUACCAAAAUCAAAUCCUCAACCGUUCAUCCUCUUCCUCAAAAUCACAUCGUCAUCGGAUGUGGAAUGACGACGGUGGAUUUCUUAGCUACUGUAGAUGGAUAUCCGAAACCAGACGAUAAGAUCCGAACAACUUCCUCUAAGGUUCAAGGAGGUGGAAAUGCUGGUAAUGCUUUAACAUGUGCAGCACGACUCGGAUUGAAACCAAAAAUCAUCUCUAAGGUUGGUGAUGAUGCACAAGGAAAUAGCAUAUUGGAGGAACUAGAAGCUGAUGGUGUUGAUACUUCCUUUAUUGUUGUAUCAAAGGGUGGUAGUUCAACAUUUUCAUAUGUACUUGUAGACAGCCAAACAAAAACUCGCACAAGUAUUUACACCCCUGGAGAUCCUCCCUUGGUGCCAGAUGAUUUGUCUCGGUCAAUGUUAUUAUCUGCAUUUGAUGGAGCAAGAUUAGUAUAUUUUGAUGGAAUGUCUAUGGAAGCUUCUCUAUUUGUUGGACAAGAGGCAGCUGGCAAUAAUAUCCCUAUUUUAGUUGAGGCAGAAUCACCAAGGGAAGGGUUGGAUGAGCUAUUGAAGCUUGCUGAUUUUGUUGUAUGUUCAACAAGGUUUCCACAGGCUUGGACACAGGCACCAUCUAUCCCGAGUGCAAUGGUUUCAAUUCUUUUAAGAUUGCCAAAUGUCAAGUUUGUGAUUGUGACUCUGGGUGAAGAUGGCUGUCUAAUGUUGGAAAGAAGUACAAAUGAGGAUGCCGAUCUAGAAGAAAGGAAUGUAGAGAAUUUCUUAGAACUCUUGUGCAAAGAGAAAGACGAUAGCUUGGCUAUUCCAACCUGUAUACCGUCGGUGGCUACAAAAUUAAGAUCAAAUGGAAUAGGGACAGUUUGUGGGAGAUUCUUUAUUGGAACAGCAGAAAAGAUACCAGAUUCUGAACUGAUUGAUACAACUGGUGCCGGGGAUGCAUUUAUCGGAGCUAUUAUGUACGCAAUCUGCUCAAACAUGGUACCCGAGAAAAUGUUACCGUUUGCUGCUCAAGUGGCAGCGGCCAAGUGUAGAGCUUUGGGAGCUCGAACUGGUCUUCCGCAUCGAACAGAUCCACGCUUGGCAUCCUUUCUAUGCUAAAUGAGAGACAGCUAGUAUUCCUGUCAUUCUGUCAAGGAAGUUCAACUCUGUUGUAAUGGUCAUGUUUACUUUGCGGUUCUUUAUUCAUGUCUUCUAAAAUGUCCAUUAGUUUGUAAAUGCGUAUAAAAAGGGCCGGAGAAAGUAAAAAAUAGUAUGAAUUGUCUUAUUUUAACCUCAAAACAGCCGGAGAAAGUAAAAAAUAGUAUGAAUUGUCUUAUUUUAACCUCAAAACAGCGACUGUAAAAAUUUCAAGUAUGGAGUAAAGUGAUAACUAGUACUCCUAA